ACCCGCGGUCCCUGGAGACGCCUGAGCCAGCCUGAGCUCAGCCUGCGCCUGGGCAGCCUGGAGAGGGGCGGAUGCUCUAGCUUCUUUGCAUUAACCGCCUUAGCAAUCGCCAAACUAGACGUUGCAACAUCUCCAUUAAACGAGCGCAAACAGCCCAAACGACGGCCGAUUCGGGUUUUUAUUAUCUACGACUUUUCCCUUUCCUCUCACCGUCGCACUGCUGCCGUCGCACCGUCCAGCGACACAUCGUUUUGCGACAAGGCAAGAGGAGAGAAGCGAGGCUGAACUCGGACUUUCCCGCCAUUUGCUCUCCGCGCGCGCCCCCCUCUCGGACCAUUGAUUUGGGAGGAGUGCAACGGCACGGAGCUGAGGGGCCAUGAAAGGCUUUAGCAUGAAUAAGGUGCUGGGGAGCAUCAAGAAGAAGCCGACUUUUGGUGGUGGGAGCUCCGACAGCGCAGCUCCGCCAAACCCCGAGAACGAGUCCCCAGAGGCGGUCGCGGCGCGAUGUGUGAAGCAAUUCUGCGAAUCCGGGGGCAGUCAAGGGGGCGAUGACGUUACCUUUCUACCUUACAUCGUGGACGCGGCCGAGUCGUCCCCAGCGGCGGCGGCCGAGAGCGCGCGCCUGAUCCGCAAGUUCCUCCACCACGAUUACUGGAGUAAGCCGUCGUUCCAGUACAACGCCAUCAUGCUGAUCCGCAUCCUGUCGGACAACCCGGGCCCGACCUUCACGCGCAACCUCGACAAGAAGUUUGUCGAUGUCACCAAGGAGCUGCUCCGCUCGGGCCGUGACCCGAGUGUGCGCCAGCUGCUCAUGGAGACGCUUGACGCUUUUGAGAACACCAAGGGCUACGACGAGGGGCUCGGCUUGAUAAUCGAGAUGUGGAAGAAGGAGAAGGAGAAGGCAUACAAGGCAUACGGCGGACGCCCCGUGGCUCCUCUUAUGGGUGCGCCCAACGGGCCUGCUUUCCCACCUGGAGGUGGCCAGGCGCCUGCUCGGCAAGAGUACUUUUCGCGCUCCCACAGCAACAGGAGGCUACCUGACCCGAUUGAGUUGGCAAACCGGCUGGAGGAGGCCCGGACGUCGGCCAAGCUGCUCGAGCAAGUCGUGGCCUGCACGCCGCCGUCCGAGAUUCUCUCCAACGACUUGAUAAAGGAGUUUUCAGACCGGUGUUUGAGCGCAUCGCGCAGCAUCCAGUCGUACAUGACGGCCGAUAGCCCGCCGCCCGACAACGACACCAUGGAGAGCUUGAUAGACACCAACGAGCAGCUGCAACAGGCUCUAAACCAACACCAGCGUUCCGUGCUCAACGCCAAGAAGCAGAUAGACGUCGGGGAGCGCUCAAACAACCCCAGCCCGGCACCGCCGCCGCAUCUCAACACUGAGUCCCGCUCAAGCGGCGGGUGGCAGCCGCAGCCCCAGCAGCCGCCCCAGCUAUCGCUAGCCCCCCUAGCUGCCGCUUCAUUCCCCCAGUCCUCCUCACAGCAGCAACAACUACAACAACGAGAUUUGCCCGCGCCGCCGCCACCGCCGCCGGGCCGGAGACCCACCGACAACGGCAAAGGCAAGGCGACAGCCGACAGCGCCAAUUUGUGGGAACGCGACAACGCCGUCGCCGGCCCCUCCCGCUCCGCCACGGGCACCCCCCAACAGAACGAAGCCGACCCCUUUCGCGACCCCUCGCCUGCCCGCCGAGUGCCCGAGUCCUUGUCAAGGAACGCUGCCGCCGACACCCCCACCUCGGCCGACUCGGAGACGGGCCCCCGCCUGCCUUACGAGCCUUACCACCCCGGCGGCUUCACCGCGUCCUUUGGCGAAUCGACCACGCUUAGUACCGGCGCUGGUAGCGGCGCCGGCGGCCAGCCCCGCCACGACCUCAUCACGCCUGUCAGCGACGACGGCGGCAUCUACGAGACGUACAACGAUGCCUACUCGGCCACGCCCAAGAAGCCGACCCCGGCGGAGCCUGUUUAUAGGUAUUAAUCUGGCUGGCUUUGGGCAUGUGCCAGGGUUAGGGUUGUGCGGCCUGUCUCUGGUGAGGCGCUUGUCUCUGGUAAGGCGGCUCGGGUUCGAGGGCGUGACGAGCUCAGGUUUGCCGUGUCCAGCGACGGGCGCGGCUUGAGAUUGUGG